AGCGAGCAGCGACGCGCGGGGUGCACGGAGAUGGCAGCGUCCAGCAACUCCAGCCUGUCCGGCUCUUCGGUGUCCUCCGAUGCUGAAGAAUACCAACCUCCAAUAUGGAAAUCAUACUUGUAUCAGUUACAGCAAGAGGCACCUCGUCCCAAGAGGAUCAUUUGUACUCGGGAGGUGGAAAACAGACCAAAAUAUUAUGGAAGAGAGUUUCACGGGAUCAUCUCCCGGGAGCAGGCUGAUGAGCUCCUCGGGGGUGUGGAGGGGGCCUACAUCCUUAGAGAAAGCCAGCGGCAGCCAGGAUGCUACACGUUGGCUCUAAGGUUUGGAAACCAGACCUUAAACUACAGGCUCUUCCACGAUGGGAAACACUUUGUGGGCGAGAAGAGGUUUGAGUCGAUUCAUGAUCUGGUGACAGAUGGCUUGAUAACUCUGUACAUAGAAACAAAAGCUUCUGAAUACAUUUCCAAAAUGACAACUAACCCCAUCUAUGAGCACAUUGGAUAUGCCACUCUGCUCAGAGAAAAGGUAUCCAGAAGACUAAGCAGGUCUAAACAUGAAUCGAGAAAAGCAAGCGUCACAAGCGAAGAGCACACGGCAGUGGAAAAGAUCUCCUCCCUGGUUCGAAGGGCCGCGCUCACACACGACAACCACUUCAACUAUGAGAAGACACACAACUUCAAGGUCCACACAUUCCGAGGCCCACACUGGUGUGAAUACUGUGCCAACUUCAUGUGGGGGCUCAUCGCCCAGGGGGUCCGGUGCUCAGACUGUGGAUUGAACGUACACAAGCAGUGUUCCAAGCACGUUCCCAAUGACUGCCAACCUGAUCUCAAGAGGAUCAAGAAAGUGUACUGCUGUGACCUCACAACACUGGUGAAGGCUCACAACACUCAAAGGCCCAUGGUGGUGGACAUAUGCAUUCGGGAAAUUGAAGCAAGAGGAUUAAAGUCAGAGGGCCUUUACAGAGUCUCCGGAUUCACUGAACACAUUGAAGACGUCAAAAUGGCAUUUGACCGAGAUGGUGAAAAGGCAGAUAUAUCUGCCAACAUCUACCCAGACAUCAACAUCAUCACUGGAGCCCUUAAACUGUAUUUCAGAGACUUACCCAUCCCUGUCAUCACAUAUGAUACCUAUUCCAAAUUUAUAGAAGCAGCAAAAAUCUCCAGCGCGGACGAGAGGCUGGAAGCGGUCCAUGAGGUGCUGCUGCUGCUGCCGCCCGCGCACUACGAGACCCUGCGCUACCUGAUGAUCCACCUCAAAAAGGUAACUAUGAAUGAAAAGGACAAUUUCAUGAAUGCAGAAAAUCUGGGGAUUGUGUUUGGACCCACUCUGAUGAGGCCCCCCGAGGACAGCACCCUCACCACUCUCCAUGACAUGCGGUACCAAAAGCUGAUUGUGCAGAUUUUAAUAGAAAAUGAAGAUGUUUUGUUUUAA